ACAACACCAUCGUUCACACAAAUUUCAAAUGUUGCUGAGGCGUUGCUCAUUUGAAUGGCCAUUCAGGCGCGUUAUUCUCUCUCGCAUCUUCAGCACCCAAAACGCACAGUUCAAUCAAGACGACAACGUUCAGAAGGUUUUCAGCAUAAUCAACAGCUCCUCCUCAUCGGAACAGCUGAAGCAAUCUCUGAAAUCAAGUGGGGUUUUCCUCUCCAACGAAUUGAUCGAUCAAGUCCUCAAACGGGUCCGUUUCAGCCACGGCAACCCCUCGCAAACCCUCGAGUUUUUCCGUUACACCGGAAGAAGAAGAGGGUUUUACCACACCGCGUUUUCCUUCGACACCAUGCUUUACAUUCUGGGCAGAAGCCGAAUGUUCGGCCACAUUUGGGAUCUCUUGUUGGAAGCACGACGAGAAGAUCGAACGGUCAUAACCGCACGCACCGUUAUGGUUGUCUUGGGCAGAAUCGCUAAAGUGUGUUCUGUUAGACAAACUGUUGAAUCCUUUAGGAGGUUCAAGAAGCUGGUACCCGAGUACGAUACCACUUGUUUCAAUGCAUUGUUGAGAACCCUUUGCCAAGAGAAGAGCAUGACGGAUGCUAGGAAUGUGUAUCAUAGUUUGAAGCACAGUUUUCGCCCAAAUUUGCAAACUUUUAAUAUACUUCUUUCCGGGUGGAAAACCCCUGAGGAUGCUGAGGUGUUCUUCAAGGAGAUGAGGGAAAUGGGAGUGACACCUGAUGUUGUCACCUAUAAUAGUUUGGUGGAUGUUUACUGCAAGGGUAGGGAAAUGGAGAAGGCUUAUAAGGUGCUUGAUGAAAUGCGUGAACGGGAUUUGACCCCGGAUGUGAUCACGUACACCAGUAUCAUUGGUGGGUUGGGGUUGAUUGGUCAGCCAGAUAAAGCUAGAGAUGUUUUGAAGGAAAUGAAGGAGUAUGGGUGUUACCCUGAUGUUCCUGCAUACAAUGCUGCCAUUAGGAACUUCUGUAUUGCAAAGAGGCUCGGUGAUGCAUAUGGUUUGGUGGAUGAGAUGGUGAACAAAGGUUUAAGUCCAAAUGCUACUACUUAUAAUUUGUUCUUUAGGGUUUAUUUCUGGUCCAAUGAUUUACAGAGCUCCUGGAACUUGUACAAGAGGAUGAUGGAUGUGGGAUGUCUUCCGAACACGCAGUCUUGUAUGUUCUUGAUAAGGUUGUUUAGGAGGCAGGAAAAGGUGGAGAUGGCGCUGCAGUUAUGGGGUGACAUGGUGGAGAAGGGUUUUGGGUCUUAUACCUUGGUUUCUGAUGUGCUGUUUGACUUGCUUUGUGAUACAGGGAAGUUGGGGGAAGCAGAGAAAUGUUUCUUGGAGAUGAUUGAGAAGGGGCAGAAGCCAAGUAAUGUUUCAUUUAAGAGAAUCAAGGUUCUCAUGGAACUAGCAAAUAGACACGAAGCCCUUCAGAGCUUGACGGAGAAAAUGGCAGUCUUUGGGCGACCACUCCAAGUUCAUGAAAGUACAGGUAGGCCAACUGAGACAUCAAGUUUAGCUUAGCUUUUUUUCAACCCCUUAAUUCCAAUUCCAACUCCAACUGAUGAUGGCAAAAUGAAAGGAAGAGCAAGGGGUCUUAAUACUGUGGCCGAAGUUGUAGGAAACAUGACUCAGAGACCAGUUAUGCCUUUCAGAAUAUGUUGUGGAACGUGUGUUAAGAUUAUCCAAGAAACAUAGCUCAAAAAAGAAGAUUGAACAGUUAUUUAGGUGAGCCAAUAUAGCAAGAUUAGGUAUUCUACGUGAUGAGACUUUACUGGCUCUACUGGGACUGUAGUCAGCAUCAGCUGUUUGCACGAGUCAUCAUCUAUGCGGAAGGGGGAAAAAUGCGCACAGUUUGUCAGACAUUUUGCGUAAUAGAGCUGUUUGGUAGCCGUAAGCUUGCUAUGGUACUCUCAUUCCAUUGCUAAUCUGUUACUCUUAACUUCUGGGAACUCAUACUUCAAACUUACAAUCAUGUUUGUCAUGACUUGAAGGUCAGGAACUAAGAGGUGUUUCUACUUCUUUAUGAUACUUCAUAUUGACAUUUUGGCAUUGCUUUUCCAUUCAAAAUGCUUUAGGAGCUUUUCAAAGAGUUCGAAUUCGAUGACUUUAAUGAUCAACUUCUCACCUGGAAAUUUGAAGAUUCAAGGAUCCUGUCCUGUCCAUUCUGUCUAAAGAUUGUUGCCAUGAACUCCCUACCAACGUCAAAAUUUUAUAAAUACAUGUCCUUAAUAUCUAAACCUCCUCUGGAAAUCUGGCUGUUUAGAUCAUGCCAUGUCGCUCCAGUUUAAGUCUUGCUUGGCCUUUUUGGCAUGCCCAGUUUAACACAAAUGAAAUGAUGUUAUAUUGAUUGACAAGUGCUUCUUGGCAUCUUGAUGAUGAAGAAUGAGGUGAUCAAGAACUCAACUCAGUAGCCGUCCAAUAGUAUUCAUUUCUUCAUCAAUUCAAUUAGUUAAACUUUGGGUCUUCAUAAAU